AUGGAGUGGUAUCAUUACAUAACGGCUUGUAUUUACAUCGUUCUAAUUCUCGGCGGCGUGGUCAUUAACGGCGGUUUUAUUCUGCUCUUCACUUUCUCACGCGAGAUUCGAAAAGCAGUCAAUCCAUUCAUGGUAAGCCUCGCUGUAUCAGAUAUUCUGUUUCCUCUUGUGGUUGUGCCUUUUCAUCUCCAACAUCUGAUCUCAGGAACUUGGAAAUAUGGCGUGCUCGGAUGCAAAUUAAGAACAUUUGCUUAUCUAGUGACAGCCUCUGCUUCAAUUUUAAGUUUCUGCAGCGUGUCUGUGGCUCGUUUUCUUCGGAUCAUUUACCCAUUCCGCUUCAACAUGAUUCAUGAUAAGACUGUCUGGACAACAGCUCUAUUACUGUGGUUAUAUUCCUUUGGUUCAUCAGCCUUUGUCUUUGCUGCUGACACUUUUCAGAGGUCACAAAUUCAGAAGCAUUCAUCCUGCUUUCAUUUUCUGCCGAUAGACCUGUUUAUCCCGCUAUUUUUGCUGAAUUACUGUGCACCUUUACUUGUGAUGCUCAGUAUUUACGGUUGUAUCUUAAAACUCUCCUGGCGUCACCGUAAACAGAUUAGCCACACAAGGGUUAGUCCUGCGAAUUUAGCUACGAAUAGCCGAGCUAAAAAGGCUUCCAAGCAGCUUGUUACAGUUUUUCUUUUGUUAUCUUACUUUGGUGAGUGGUGGCUGCCUAUUUCAGGACUCAGCCUCAGGUUGAAAACGCAGUACAAUUCUGAGCUGGAUUGGCCUCGUUGGACAGCACCUGUGUAUCAGUUUUUAAGCAUCUCGGUUUUCUUAAAUUCUGUUGUGAACCCCUUCGUGUAUGGAUACAGCAAUACUCAUUUAAAAGCUACAUUGAGGCACCUCAUUCGCAAAAGAUCAUCGAAAGGAAAUCUGCUCUCGACACAACUUACCACUUUCGUUGUUCCAUCCCAUUUGCCCUCGUCCCAGCCUCAACCAAAAGCCUAA